UCAACAUUUGAGCGCUCCCUCCCAGGGACCUCCAAGAGAUCUGCACCCUGCAACUUGUUUUGGCUCCUCAACUCCUCAGGAAGGAUGAAAGAGACGGAUCCUGCAAAGCUAGCGAGGAUGGAAGGGGGAAGAUGGACAGUUGACCUGCUCAGGUUGUCUCCUGCAUCCUUCCUCUCAACCUCUGAGCGAUUCCUCCAAGAGACCUCCAAGAUAUCUGAUGGUGAUGAAUUGGAAGGGAAGAACAAGGGGGACCACAACAGAAUCCACAUAGCUGAGAAGUCAGAGUGUGGAGAGAACAUCGGUCAGAGCUCCCAGUCCACCUCCUAUCAAAGAAAGAGCUUCAUUCAGAGGGAUAGCCUCACUUCACACGAAAGAGCACAGAGUAGGGAGAAAUGGUAUCAGUGCAGAGAAUGUGGGAAGAGCUUCAGUUGGAAGUGUAAUCUCACUUCCCAUCAAAGAAUUCAUACAGGGGAGAAACGCUAUCAGUGCGUUGAAUGUGGAAAGAACUUUCGUCUGAGUGGUGAUCUCACUUCCCAUCAAAGAAUUCAUACAGGGCAGAAACCCUAUCAGUGCUUGGAAUGUGGAAAGAGCUUCAGUCAAAGCGCUAAUCUCACUUCCCAUCAAAGAAUUCAUACAGGGCAGAAACCUUAUCAGUGCUUGGAAUGUGGAAAGAGCUUUAAUCAAAGCCACAGUCUCACUUCCCAUCAAAGAAUUCAUACAGGGGAGAAACCCUAUCGGUGCCUCGAAUGUGGAAAGAGCUUCAAUCGGAAAGAUAGUCUCACUUCCCAUCACAGAAUUCAUUCAGGGCAGAAACCCUAUCGGUGCUUGGAAUGUGGAAAGAGCUUUAGUCACAGCGCCCAUCUCACUUCCCAUCAAAGAAUUCAUACAGGAAAGAAACCCUAUCAGUGCUUGGAAUGUGGGAAGAGCUUCCAGGAGGGGGCUAAGCUCACUAUCCAUCAAAGAAUUCAUACAGGGGAGAAACCCUAUCAGUGCUUGGAAUGUGGAAAGAGCUUCAGUCAAAGCGACAAUCUCACUUCCCAUCAAAGAAUUCAUUCAGGGCAGAAACCCUAUCAGUGCUUUGAAUGUGGAAAGAACUUUAGUCACAGGCAGAAUCUCACUUCCCAUCAAAGAAUUCAUACAGGGGAGAAACCCUAUCAUUGCUUCGAAUGUGGAAAGAGCUUUAGUCACAGUCAGAGUCUCACUUCCCAUCAAAGAAUUCAUACAGGGGAGAAACCCUAUCAUUGCUUCGAAUGUGGAAAGAGCUUCAAUCGGAAAGAUAGUCUCACUUCACAUCAAAGAAUUCAUUCAGGGGAGAAACCCUAUCAGUGCUUGGAAUGUGGAAAGAGCUUCAAUCGGAAAGAUAGUCUCACUUCACAUCAAAGAAUUCAUUCAGGGCAGAAACCCUAUCAGUGCUUGGAAUGUGGAAAGAGCUUCAGGAACAGCUCCCAUCUCACUUCCCAUCAAAGAAUUCAUACAGGGCAAAAACCCUAUCAGUGCUUCGAAUGUGGAAAGAGCUUUAGUUACAGCCACAAUCUCACUUCCCAUCAACGA